CGCGCCUGCCCUGGGCGGGGGCGCCGCGCAGCAGCGGCUGCUGACGGGAAAUGGCGGGGGGCGAUGGCUGAGGGGUUCGUUGCUGUGGACGAAGUGACUGAGGGAAAACGAGGCCUAGACCGGCCGGUCCAGGCCAGCAGAUAAAUGCACCUAAAACCUGUGCUGCAACAAUAACGAGGGAAAGAAAGAAGAAAGAAGCUAUUUACUGAUGUCUCCCGAUGGCAAUAUCAACUUCCUCAUCCAGGAUAUCCCUCGCAAGAGAACAGUCUGUGCUACUGGAGUUUGUCACCUUGGCAGUAUCAGAGGGCCACCAGGAUCUGAGCUUGUUUUGAAAAACCAAGCAGCAGCUCAACACUGGAAUUACGAGACACUGCAAAUGCACGAAGAACUUCUCCUUCUGGCAGUCAGCUGAUGCCUUGAAGCAUGAGGUGUGAUAACUUUGAUAUCAGUGGAAUGACAGGUUACUCAUUGUCAUUACACUGGCUGGCAGCACAGAGCAGAGAACGGUGGAAAAGCCUUUGGAAAGUAAGAAGUGUCUGCAGUCCAGCGGCUGCUGUGACUCACUGGGGGAUUUCACAUGGGAACGACUGAAAGCAGACACAGAAGAAAGGCCUUCCAAAGCACUGGCUUGUUCAGAUAGUAUGAAAGAGCAGAGAUAAAGAUAAAACCCUUCAGUGAGGGCAGCAGAGCGACUGGGAAAGCAGCCCGUGCCCUCAGGGUAUUGUAUGAAUGGAGAAGCGCUCCGCUCUGUAUUCAUGCGCUUUCCUCAAGCGCUUGAGCCACGGAUUGUAAUGUCAGAGCAGCAGCACUCCUUGAACUGGGGAAGGCAGUGCCCUGAGAAGCAGCUAAGCACGCACGUGUGGAUGCUCCAAUGCAUGACUUCAAAACGGAUGUGUAGCGUGUGAAUGCACACGAGUAUGGGUGGGGUGUAGAUGUGCCUGUAUGACCUCCAUCUGUGGGGUGUACGGGAACACGCCAGCCGUGCUGGGUGGGGGAGUGAGGACCUCCUCUCCUCCCGGCUGUGCUGUCUGGCUGAGCCUUGGCAGCAGGAGGAAAUGCCACCAUUCUCUGAAGAAAUCAGAAACACAAAGCUCUUGGUUUCCAGCGCUACCAGUCAGGUUCUGUUCCCCCACCCACUGGCAGGAGCCAGCUCUAUCGUGAGGAAGCGCCCUGUAACCCUGUGGUCUUCCUCUGGUCACCGUUAGUCAUCAUUUCCCCACAUGACAAACCCGUUGAGUUCCCCAAACCACCCUGCUGCCUGACAGGCGAGUGGCGUUCCAGGUGCAGCUGCCCGAAGCCUGCCCGCCUGUCGCACGCACGCGUUGCUCCGUGACAGCAGCACAGCUGUACGUGCCCUUGCUUCACCCCGGCUGCAUACUGCGAGCGUUUUGGGAAGACUCCUCUCUUCUCCCCAGGAGCGAGCAUUGUGGGGGGGCUCUGCCAGCUGCUGCCUCCCCCUCCUUAAAGCCAGCAGCACACUUUACAAGGACAGCUCCCAGCGCGCCCAGCAACUUCCGUGCUCGGCAUCCCCCAGCAGCAGCCUGCACCCCGCACCCCGUCCGGGUCCCGCUUGUCUCGGCCCCGCCCGGCUCUCACUAGCGCCCCUAGGCGGGAGCCGUGCCGCUCUGCGCCUUCAUGCAAAUGAGCGUGGAACGGCAGGUACUGAUUGGCUGCGGCGCACAGCGCCGGCGCCACCCCCGGCGAGGACAGGAGCCGGUGGCGGGGGGCUGCAGCCAGGUGCGCUGCCGGGACUGCUGCUCUGCCCACCCGCCUGCCGCGUUGCCCGCUCCAUCGGCGGCACCAUGACCGUCGCACGGCUGGACCAGGGGCAGCGCUACCGCCCGCGAAUGGCCUUCCUAAAAAAGAUUGAAGCACUUAUAAUGGAGAUGCAGAACCCAGACACGGGCAUCAAGACGCAGACUCAGAGGGUGAUGAUCACAAACAUCCCACAUGCCGUGGCAGGUAAUGAUAUAUUUCAGUGGAUUCUCCAGCGUUUGCAGAUCACUAAUGAAGAGGCAUUACACCUGGGGGACCUGUUUGUCAAAUAUGGAUACAUCUACCCUCUUCAGGAGCCAAAGAAUCUCACCCUUAGGACAGAUGGCAUCCUGUACAGGUUUCAAACCCCGUAUUUCUGGCCCGCACAAAGCUGGCCUGCUGAUGACACCGACUAUGCAAUUUACCUAGCAAAGAAGAACAUUAAGAGGAAAGGGAUUUUAGAAGAAUAUGAAAAGGAACAUUACAACAUGCUCAAUAAAAAAAUAAACUACAAGUGGGAUUUUGUUAUUAUGCAGGCCAAAGAGCAGUAUAAGGCAGGAAAGGAGCGGAAGAAGGCGGACAGGUACGCUCUGGAUUGCCAGGAGAGAGCAUACUGGCUUGUGAACCGAACUCCUCCCGGCAUGCUGGACGUCCUGGAAUAUGGAAUAGACCGUGUAACGGAUCCCAAUGAAGAUAAGGUAAACCAGAAAAAAACAAUGGAUGUUUAUAGGAGAGAGAUCAUGUACUAUCAGCAGGCCAUCAUGAAGUCCAGAGUGAAAUCUUCUGUCUCCCUUGGAGGGCUUGUGAAGUACUCUGAGCAGUUUCUCUCCAAUGAUCCUAUCCUGUCUGGAUGCCUCCCUAGCAACCCUUGGAUCACAGAUGACCCUGAGUUCUGGGAUCUCAAUGCAAAGCUAGUGGAAAUCCCCACCAGAAUGCGUGUGGAGCGAUGGGCUUUUAAUUUCAGCGAGCUGAUACGAGACCCAAAAGGUCGGCAGAACUUCCAGCUCUUCCUGAAGAAGGAGUUCAGCGGAGAGAACCUGAGUUUCUGGGAAGCCUGCGAGGAUCUCAAAUAUGGAGACCAGUCCAAGGUCAAAGAAAAAGCAGAAGAAAUUUACAAGCUCUUCCUGGCCCCGGGAGCCAGGCGUUGGAUUAACAUCGAUGGCACAACAAUGGGCAUCACGGUCAAAGGCCUCAAGCACCCUCACCGCUAUGUUUUAGAUGCUGCUCAGACCCACAUUUACAUGCUGAUGAAAAAGGACUCCUACGGCCGCUAUUUAAAGUCUCCAGUGUACAAGGAAAUGCUGGCCAAGGCUGUUGUGCCACAAGAAACUGUCAAAAAAAGUUCCAAUUUCCCGUUUGGACGCCGUCAUCUCCGCUCCAGCCCCAGCCCCAUCAUCCUGAGGCAGCGGGAGGAGGAAGCCAAAGCCAAAGAAGCCGCUGCCACCGUGGACAUCACGCAGGUCAUGAGCAAGCUGGAUCGAAGGAGCCAGCUCAAGCAGGAACCUCCCAAGUAGGCUCUGAGCCCUGCAGGGCACAGCGCAGGGAAAAGACAAGCUGAGGGCGGUGUUGAGCUUCGUCUCCCCUUCCUGAAGGUGUCAGUGCUGCUUUAGGUUUCCCAGGCCAGCUCUCUGCCAGCAGCCUGCUUCCUGCAUGUUGCCAUGGCUUCUGCAGCAGCAGAUGUCACUUCCCAGGCACCUCGGGCAUGGGAGUGCUGCUGAAGCCAGGCUGCUGGCUGUGCCAGAUUCACAGCAUGGGGCCAGAAUCCCUCUGUGUGCACCGUGAUGGGGGAUGCCUUCUGGCUGCCCCAAGCCCCAGGAGACUGGGCAGCCUGUGUGCCUCUCUCUGUCUUCUGCUCCUCCAGGAGCUGGGAUGGCAUGAGGUAGAGUGAAGCUGUGCUGUCCCAGACCUUUGGGUUCAUACUGACCUUCCUUGGAGCAGCAGUGGAGGACUCUCAGGGAGCAGAGCAAGGCACCCCACCUCAGAGUGUGUCCGUGCUGUGUCCAUCCUCUCAGCAGGAUGUGCACCCUCCUGUGGGGUGCCUCCACUGAGAGGAGCGGUCACAUAAAUUCUCCAUCUGCUCUAAGGCACUUCAGGUAUCCUGCACCUCCAAAUCAGUGCAAAGGAGCUGCAGGCAGAAGAGCUGGGUAGACUUCUUGUGAGAAUAGUACAAGGAGCAUUUCUGAAGAUUUGGGUGUCCCUUUGAAUUUUAAUGACAAUCCCAAGUCCCGCUGGCACGCUGGAGAUCAGUGGAAAGCUCUGCUCUCUCUCCAUUCCCCUGCACACAAUGAGCUAGGUGUGCAGGCUUAGAGCUGUCUCUCACAGGAGCUUGCAGGAGUGCUUGAGAGAUGCUGCCAUAUCUUUGUGCUUCUUUUAUCAAGUCCUUUCUGCCUCUUGUCUUGUCUUUUUCCUGCUAUUCUGUUUUCUGUAAAAUAAAAAAUAAAAAAAGUAACAGGAGGUAGUUCCAGUCACUGGUUUGUAGCCCAGAGGCAAAGAAAAGUCAGGGCAGAGGUGUUAAGAGCUGAUUUCAAGUUUAAGUAGUGUUUUUUUUCAUUUGUGCUGUCUCUUUUGCUCCUUAGAAUAAGGAAAUCUAAACAACUAUGUUAGCACUAAAGAGCUUGGGGAGAUUCCAGGCUUUGCUGGGAAGCCCCAGCCUGUCUGGACCAGGCUGAUGAUUAUCAGAACUGGGAAGAUUCCUGCAAAGCUCGGUAAAGGCAAUGGGGUGGGGGUGGUGAGGCAGAAAAUCUUGUUUGUUAGAACUUAGGGGAAGCAGACAGGAAACUUCUUAAAUCCUCUUUGCAUUGUUCAUCCAUUUUUACUACUGGAAUGAAUUUGCAGGAAAACGGAGAUAGAGAAACCUGUGUGUGAGUGGGAACUCUCAGGUCCAUAUAGACCAGCCUCUCACUGAGAAGGAGACAGCCAGGCCUUAGGCCCAAGCAGCUUUGAACAGGAUUCUUGCUCUCCCUGUGCAUAUUAUCGGGGCAGAAUUAGGGCUACAUGAUCUGAUCUGGUGUCACUGCAGAACCAGCCUCCGUUUUGCAGCUGAGCUCUGGAGAUUUCCAUGACCUCUGUUAACCUAAUGGUGACAUAACCUUUUUAGAGGAAUUGAAAGCAAGUUGCGUGAGUCUUUUGCUCUGAUGUCAAGGCCUGCUCGCUAAGUCUCUGCUCCUGUUCCCAAAGGAAUCAAUGGUAAAUUUUGCAAUACCAUAAGGGGGAGCAGACUCAAAUGAAAAUGCUUAAAACCACAAGGCUUAUUUACACAAGGUAGCAAGCACCAUCCGCUUACCUUGACAAGAGAGCACUGAAGGGUACUCAGGAGCUUGGCGGGGUUGGUUUAAAGCUGUUUGGAUGUGAUGAGCUCUAUGCUCUUUUCAGUGUUUGUGUAACAUGGAGCACUGAACGUGUUGGGAUUGCCAGUAGUAGUAACAUGUGGAAGAUCAAGUCAGGAUAUAAAUAAUAAAUAACAAAUCUGUGUGUUCCAGUCAGUCCCUCUGAUUCUACUUCUGUUUUGUCUGUAGCUUUGCUUUUUAUGUUAUCUCUAUCCAUUCCUUUCUCUGAUUAUUUUUUUAUUUUAUCAUCUCAGCUUUACAUUGCUGUCCCACUGACAAGGGUUAAUGCUGCCUGUUCUGGAGCCCCAGUACUUGUGAAACACCAGUCCCACACUCACAGGCAGAAGCUGGCUCUGUUCUGCUUAUAGGCUGAAUAAGCUGGUGUGAUGCAGUGUGCCACUCCUUGGUCCCUUGCUGCUCGGUCCCUAAAGAGGAAGGUUGUGUGGUACAGAGUGUGACCGUGGUACAACUUGAACUUCACUUUAUGUCAGCCAAGAAAUUGUUUGUUUCCGUUGGAAAUCGGAGCACUAUGUUGUUUGUUUCUUGGCCAUUGCUUUCAUGCAUUCAUCUGUCUAAUGAAAAUAAAUGUAGAAAAUGAAAAAAAAAAAAGA